ACUCGGGUUGACGUCAUCUCCCCGCGCCACCGCUGGGAGUUCGUUCCGCGCGAUGGCGGCGCGGAGCCGAGGGCCGGGGGGCCGGCCCGGGCCCGGGAGCGAGCGAUGACCCGGCUCCUGGGCGCGGUGCACAGAGUCGCUCUGGCCGCCGUGCGCUGCGGCAGCCGCGGGCUCGGCAUGUUCUACGCCGUGAGGAGGGGCCGCAAGGCCGGGGUCUUCCUGACCUGGAACGAGUGCAGAGCGCAGGUGGACCGCUUCCCCGCCGCCCGGUUCAAGAAGUUUGCCACCGAAGAGGAAGCCUGGGCCUUCGUCAGGAACUCGGGGAGCCCUGGUUCGACAGGUAGUCCCCACGCACAUCACUGUCACCUUCGCCUGGGCCCGGCCUCUCCCCUCCCAGAUGCCCCUGUAACUGUGCCCGGCCUCUCCCCUCCCAGGUGCCCCUGUGGCCUGUGCACGGCCUCUCCUGUCCCAGGUGCCCCUGUAACUGCACAGCCUCUCCCCUCCCAGGUGCCCCUGUAACUGUGCCUGGCCUCUCCCCUCCCAGAUGCCCCUGGGGCCUGUGCCCGGCCUCUCCGCUCCCAGAUGCCCCUGUGGCCUGUGCACGGCCUCUCUCCUCCCAGGUGCCCCUGUGCACAGCCUCUCUCCUCCCAGGUGCCCCUGUGCACAGCCUCUCUCCUCCCAGGUGCCCCUGUAACCUGUGCACAGCCUCUCCCCUCCCAGGUGCCCCUGUAACUGCACAGCCUCUCCCCUCCCAGGUGCCCCUGUAACCUGUGCACAGCCUCUCUCCUCCCAGGUGCCCCUGUAACCUGUGCACAGCCUCUCCCCUCCCAGGUGCCCCUGUAACUGCACAGCCUCUCCCCUCCCAGUGCCCCUGUAACCUGUGCACAGCCUCUCCCCUCCCAGCGCCCCUGUAACUGUGCACAGCCUCUCCCCUCCAGAUGCCCCUGUAACUGCACAGCCUCUCCCCUCCCAGUGUCACAAGCCUAGUUCUAGUUUCCAUACAAAUUUUGGACUUUGUUUUUUGUGGGGAAAGAGCCCCUGAGAUUUUCACUCUGUGAU